AUAAAUAUAUAUAUAUACGCUACGACUUAAUUAGUCCUUCAAAACGGCGGUACUACCACCCCUCAAUCAGGACGCUACUGUCCUUCCCCCACACCUUCUCGCCAUGCAAGCGAUUGACACCGGUCGUUUGAUGCAGCCUGGUUCUAAAGUCUCCAGCAACGGAACUGAGUCGACGGGCUUUUCUCAUAACGCAUACGCAUCCAACCAACCACUAAGCUUCACUGAUCGUAACUCCCGGAGAGCCAACAUACCUGCUAUCAAUACCAACUCUACUCCUUCAAACUCCAAAGAUCAACUCCCGUACGGUGCUCAGUUCGACAUGAACUUCGCUCCUUUACUCCCAUCACAGCUCCUCCUCGGUAGCCCUUUUCAGCCAGGGACCCCUUCUGCCUUCGCCUCACCACAGUUUGGCAACUUCCCGGGAUUCUCGCAGUCCAAUCAGAAUGUUGAACAGAGUCACCAAACCCAGCUCAACAGCCCAACACAAGCUCAGCAUGGUCCACUCUCGCCUCAGAUGUACCAAAGCCUGAUGUCCCCUGGUGCUAUGGGAAGUUCUGCUCUAUUACCAGGUCCAAAUUCUCCGAUAUCAGGGCUUCCAGCGUUUGCAAAUGCAUUUGCGCCGAGCCCGCAGCUUCAAUCCGGACAUGGUAUCUUAUCAGGAACUAGCCGAACUGUGUAUCUAGGAAACCUACCUCCGGAAACCACCUCGGAAGAAAUUUUGGGCCAUGUUCGUAGUGGCCAAAUCGAGUCCGUUCGUCUCCUCCCUGAUAAGAACUGCGCCUUUAUUUCGUUCCUGGACAGCAGUUCUGCUACUCACUUUCAUUCUGAUGCCAUUUUGAAAAAGCUAUCGAUCAAAGGUAAUGAUAUAAAAAUUGGAUGGGGGAAGCCAUCACAAGUCCCUACCUCAGUAGCACUUGCUGUGCAACAAUCUCAUGCAUCUAGAAAUGUAUACCUUGGAAACUUGCAUGAGGAUGUCACUGAGGAGGAGCUACGCGAGGAACUAGGGAAAUUUGGCCCUAUUGAUACUGUGAAACUUGUGAAAGAAAAGUCUAUUGGCUUUGUUCACUUCUUGUCUAUCAGUAACGCAAUCAAGGCAGUUACCCAGCUUCCUCAGGAGCCCAACUGGCAACCUCCAAAGAGAGUUUACUAUGGAAAGGAUAGAUGCGCCUAUAUCUCGAAAACCCAACAACAGAAUGCCGCACAAUAUUUAGGGAUCGCUCCUGGAUAUGCCCAUACACUGAACUCUCACGAUCGUGAUAUACUUUCAAAUGCAAUAGCACAACAAUCCCUAGCUGCUGCUGCGGUUGCAACGUCAGCUGGUGGCAUGCAUAACCUUGGAAACAGGACCGUUUAUCUGGGUAACAUUCACCCAGAGACGACAAUAGAGGAGAUUUGUAACGUUGUCCGCGGCGGACUCCUACAUCAUAUUCGAUACAUACCGGACAAGCAUAUCUGUUUUGUCACCUUUGUCGAUGCUACAUCCGCCGCCUCGUUCUACGCGCUUAGCAACAUGCAAGGUCUAAUGAUCCACAACAGAAGGCUUAAAAUCGGAUGGGGCAAACAUUCUGGCGGACUUCCAACCGCAAUUUCAUUGGCUGUUAGUGGAGGCGCAUCCCGCAAUGUUUACAUCGGCAACCUGGACGAAACCUGGACUGAGGAACGCUUGCGCCAGGAUUUUUCGGCGUAUGGCGAGAUUGAAUUGGUCAACACGCUUAGAGAGAAGAGUUGUGCUUUCGUGAAUUUCACCAAUAUUGCUAACGCUAUCAAAGCAAUUGAAGGAAUGCGGGGAUCAGAAGAAUAUAAACGAUUCAAGAUCAACUUCGGAAAAGACCGCUGUGGUAAUCCUCCUCGCCAAGUCAACAAUAACCAGAAUGGCAAUCGCGGGGACGGCUCUAGCAAUUCCGUGAACGGUGCUAUCCAGUCAGGUGGCAACCAGAACGGACAACAAUCGAGCCCAACUCGGCCUGCUCUGUCCCCCGUUACUGGAUCAUCUGGUUCCUUGUCCCAGAAUGGCCAAAACAAACAUCCCUUACACUCGAUAGCAAGCCCUGGCUCCCUCAUAAGCUCUGGAAACAACAACCCCUUGACUCUUUACCUUAGCCAGGUCUCGCAGCAAACUAGUCGCGAACAAGAGUCUCGCCUGGGCAACUCUAUGCAGUAUCCUUCGCUUCAAUCUCAAAACUAUGGGCAACCCCAAAGCAAUCACGGCCAUACCCAUAGCCACAGCCACUUUGAGGGUAGCAACGGAGUGGUGGAUAACGGAGCACCAGGGGAGCCCCUCCUCCAGCACAAAUCAUCUCUCAACGGACUAUUAAACGUCUCCAGUGCUUCCAGUGCAGCACAGCAGCAGCACAAUUCGGCGAAUGGAAACACACUGAGUGUUCCGCGUGCCCAACAUUCUCGAACUGUUAGCUUGCCAUCGUUCUCUCAGGAGCGGUUUGGCCAAGGUCCACACUCACAUCUUCCAUCACGAUCAGGCAUGAAUCAUCAAACCCAAGGAAGCUUCUCAGGCUUUGGUGGGCUAGGAGGACUUAACCACGGCGGUUUUGGUGGUCUCUCCAUAACUAAUGAAGGCUCUCUUCCCGGAUGGGCUGAGGAAGAAAUUGGCGCUAAAUAACUCUGACUUCCCUGCUUACUUACUCCUCUUACACCACACUGUAUUACUUAAACUAUCUUUACUCUUUCGUUUCUCUGUCUGUGCGCGCGCUUUUCCCUAUUUACCCUUAUAUCUUUUCCCAGUCCCAGGGCCUCAUUUUCUAUGCAUUUAACUCCAUGCCUUAUUUGUUUAUCCCAUUUUCUGUUUGGACUACCGCCUUACCCUAAUUAUUACUUGGCCCCAAAUAUCCCAUUAUAAUACGCCAUAAUUCCAUUUUCUUUUUUUUGUUUCCAUACUAUGUUCUUGUUUGGAUUCUACGCCGUUGUUUGGUUUUCUACUCCUUAAUCCCGACAUGCAUCCAAGAUCAACCUUUACUGAAAUUUUAAUGCGCUUCACAACAAUCAUGUACCUUCACUUGUGAUAGCGGUUUUAGGGUCAUGCUUCGUUUCUGGUCGGUUGGAAUAAGAGGCAGGAAGAUAUCACAGGUGCAAAUAUAUAUUGCUCAUGAGCCAUGAGCCUAUCGUUCAAUAUUCAUACCACCUGUCUACUUUCAACUUUUAAAUUGCUUGUUGUUACUGCUCACUGCAGCCGGUACUGUCUUAUCUUUUGUCCCCCCCCC